AUGGAGAACCCAGCCAAGUAUCUCUCAUCGGUGCAGGGGAUGGACUCUGCGCCGUCACACCUCGGAGACGUAAUGUGGAACAGCACAGAAACAGAAGCGAAAAACGACUGGAGAAAGGACAUGGUUUUGCGCACUGUGACGGGCUGCCUGCUGCUCCUUCUCAUCCUGUGGACUCUGCUGGGGAACAUCCUGGUUUGCGCCGCGGUAUUGCGCUUUCGGCACCUGCGGACCAAAGUCACCAACAUUUUCAUCGUCUCCCUUGCUUUAUCGGAUUUAUUCGUGGCCGUCCUUGUGAUGCCUUGGAAAGCUGUAGCAGAGGUCGCAGGAUACUGGCCGUUUGGCACUUUUUGCAACAUUUGGGUCGCUUUUGACAUUAUGUGUUCCACUGCGUCCAUCCUCAACCUCUGCAUCAUCAGCGUGGAUAGGUACUGGGCUAUUUCAAGCCCCUUCCGUUACGAGAGAAAGAUGACCCAGCGAGUUGCCUUUGUAAUGAUAAGCAUCACUUGGACGCUGUCUGUGCUCAUUUCAUUCAUACCGGUCCAGCUAAACUGGCACAAAGCCAGCAGUGACGAUGUGGCUGGGACGCACAACUCUUCCUCGAUUCGGCAAGUGGAGGAAAACUGUGACUCCAGCCUUAGCAGAGAGUAUGCAAUAUCAUCGUCUUUGAUAAGUUUCUAUAUUCCUGUGGCAAUUAUGAUUGUGACUUAUACUAGAAUAUACCGGAUUGCACAGAUACUAAGAAGAAUAGCCUCUCUGGAGAGAGCGGCAGAGCACGCGCAAAGUUGCAGGACCAAAAGAAUUGAGUGCCAACAUCACAACACCUUGAAAACGUCAAAACGGGAAACGAAAGUGUUCAAAACUCUGUCAGUGAUUAUGGGUGUCUUUGUGUUUUGCUGGUUACCCUUCUUCGUCCUAAACUGUAUGGUCCCGUUCUGCCAAAGACCGGCCACAGACCGGGAAGCGGGUCUGCCGUGCGUCAGUGAGACUACCUUUGACGUUUUCGUGUGGUUUGGCUGGACGAACUCCUCCCUGAACCCCAUCAUUUACGCCUUCAACGCCGAGUUCAGGAAGGCCUUUGCGAGCCUUUUAGGCUGUCGCAAUUUCUGCUCCAAUACGCCUGUGGAGACUGUGAAUAUCAGCAACGAGCUGGUCUCAUACAACCAAGAUACCCUCAUCCACAAGGAAAUCGCAAACGCCUACGUCAACAUGAUCCCAAACGUAGUUGAAUGUAUAGAGCACGAGGAGACUUUUGACAGGAUAUCACAGUUUUCUCACAACAACGAAAACGCCACAGACUCGAUUUGUGACUUAGAGGACUGCGAGGCAGACAUUAGUCUUGACAGGAUGUCACCGUUCACACCCAAUGGAUUACAUUGA